UGGGCUUGGUUCUUUGUGUUAUUCUUUUUAAAAAUUAUAUUAUACAAUGAUUUUAAUCCUAUAAGUUUUUCUCCUUUAGGCCAUUAUGCUGAGAUAUUAUACGAUUUAUUACAUUUCUGUAUUUGCUGAUUUCCAUAUGUUCUUCUCUCUUUUCUAUUACUCAAAUUGGUGCAUUAGAUAUGAUACCCUCAAAGCCUGAGAUACAUUCUGAACAUGUAUAGCAAACUAGCAUUUCUAGCAUUUGAUUGGUCAGUCACCCUCCUUUUUGAUGAUAUAGAAUACUAGUUCAUCAAUAUCUUGUCUCAACAAAAGGCAUGAUCCAUCAAUAAUCUGUUUCAUAAUCAUUUUAAAGUUUGCAGAGCUUGAGUAUAAGUUGAUAAUUGUGGAUGUCAGACAAAGACGGAAAGAUUAUGAUUGAAAAACCCUCAACAUAAGACAAAACUACAUUUAUACUCUAUGUAUUCAUACCUGUAGAAUUAUUUAAACAUAAUUCGUAAAAGAUAAGUCAUGUAUAAAAUGGCACGAGUGUUAAUUCUACUGACCGUUCUGCUGAUAUUUACAAUGGCAAGUAGCAGGCAAGUACUGUACAAAAGGAUGAAAAACUCAAAAUUCUUGGAUCCUACAGGAGACAGCAAUGGAGCAUAUGUUAGAUCACUAGCCCACUGCAACAGUCAGUGUUCAGCUGAUAGCACUUGCAGAGGAAUUAACUAUAACCACAGCAUCAAUAAGUGCUAUUUGUUAAACAGGACCAUCAUAUCUGAUUUCAUUCCAUCUAUGAUAGAGACAGUCACCAGCUGGUCACAUUCAUAUGAAGAACCACUUGCUAAUGAAGUAGCACAUGAUUGUACUGAGUGGUACACCAAUGGCGCAAUUAUUGAUGGAACAUAUCUGAUUCAUCCCGCAGGAAGUCCAUACCCUUUCCCUGUGUACUGCCAUAAUGGUUCCACCAUCAUACAACACAGGAUCGAUGGCAUAUUGGAGUUUUCAAGAGACUGGGAUGACUAUAAACAUGGCUUUGGGAGUCUUGCUGAUGAGUUUUGGCUCGGAAAUGAUCGUAUCCACUAUCUAAGCUCAAGUGGACAAUAUGAAGCUCAUUUCGAGAUGAAGCACCCUGGAGGUACAUGGUACAGUGCCACCUACAGAUCAUUCUCCAUUGCUGACGAAUCUGACAAUUACAGGCUUUCCCUGGGUGAUUUCGAUGAUGGAAAUGCAGGUGACUCACUUAACCUCAACCCUUUGUUUACACCAAAUGGCCAAGAGUUCACUACGUUGGAUGCUGAUAAUGAGAAUAGCCCAUUAAAAUGUACAGAUGGUGUCAACGACAAGCACGGUGGUUGGUGGUAUAACAAUUGUUCUGCCAUUUUAUUGAAUGGUGAAUACUCAGUUGAUGGUAAACUGCAUACAUCAGUGAAUACGGUUACGGGAAUCAUGUGGAACACUGUCACAUUUUACAACUUAUACGGAAAUGACUAUUCUAGUAUGAUGCAAACUAGAAUCAAACUGACAAGGGUCUAAUAUAUUAUCUGGAGACUCUCUUAAAUUCUUAAUUCACAUUAUAUGACUAAAUAAUUCUAGACGCAUUUCAGACAUUUUGAAAUUGAGACAUUUUGUAAUACAGUUAUGGAACAUGAGGAAAGUUGUAGUACAAUUCAGAAAACAUUCUCAUACACUCUACAAAUGCAUUGUGAUAUAUACACAAUAUGGUAAACGAACUUUAUCAAACAAUCUAGGGACACCUUUUUCACCUGCUUCAUGUGAUGCCUUCAUUGGUGAAUAAAUUGUUACAUAUGACGGUACAAUAUAGAAUUUAGUAAUAAUGUGUACCAGUAUAUUGUACAAGUGUCACUUCUUGAUAGAAAGAAAAAACUUAUUUGUACAGUUAUGUAAAUAUGGCUGAUUGAUAUUUGUUUAAUAAAUUGGAUGUACAGUAUUCAUAUUAA